CGGCCACAUUAUCCAAUUCGAAAAGGAAAGCAAAGAAGAAAAGAAAAGAAAAGAAAAGAAUUCUGGGAAGAACUGCAGCUUUGGAAAUGGCUCUGCUCAACGCCUCAUUAUGUUCUUCCACUUGCAGAAUCCCUUCCAGACCUCACCUUCCUCUUCCUCCCUCCAUUUCCGCCCUUUCCAAUCCUCAGGUAAUGAAGCACCAAGUGGAAGCUACUCGGAAUUUUGUUCUUUCCGUUGGAGAAUCCGCCUCUAAAGCCAGCUUCCUCGCUUUGAUUUCCGCCUCCUUGUUCCUCGCUGAUCCUGCGCUAGCUUUUAAGGGCGGAGGUCCUUACGGUGCUGGGGUCACUAGAGGUCAGGAUCUCACUGGGAAAGAUUUCAGUGGGAAGACCUUGAUCAAGCAAGAUUUCAAAACGUCUAUAUUACGGCAAGCUAAUUUUAAAGGUGCAAAGUUAUUAGGUGCUAGCUUCUUCGAUGCUGAUUUAACAGGAGCGGAUCUUUCUGAUGCUGAUCUCCGAGGAGCAGACUUCUCUUUGGCCAAUGUUACCAAGGCAAAUUUAAGCAAUGCCAACUUAGAGGGAGCGCUUGCUACAGGAAACACUUCUUUUCGUGGAUCAAUAAUAAAUGGAGCUGACUUCACAGACGUGCCUUUGCGAGAGGAUCAGCGGGAGUACCUUUGCAAAGUUGCAGAUGGGGUGAAUCCAACGACUGGAAAUGCAACCCGGGAGACCUUGCUCUGCAACUGAGAGUCGAAUAAUAUGGCGAGCUACUAAGGUACAAAGAAUCAUAAAGAUUUACUUUAAAAUGUAAUGAAUUUAAUAACUAUGUGAGUAUCUAAUCCAAUGAGUUCAGUUUUGUCAU